GCAGAUGCCGCCGACGCUCGACGGACAGCUGACGAUCGAGAAGACGCCAUCUUACUUCAUCACGCGCGAGGCGCCGCGCCGCAUCGCCGCCAUGUCGCGCGACGUCAAGCUGAUGAUCGUCGUCCGCGACCCGGUGACCCGCGCCAUCUCGGACUACACGCAGACGGCGAGUAAGCGGCGGUCCGUCGCUCCGCAGCGGCCCUUCGAGUCGAUGGCGUUCACGAACCGCACGACGGGCCUCGUCGACACGUCGUGGAGCGCGAUCAAGAUCGGCGUCUACGCGAAGCACCUCGAGCGCUGGUUGAGACACUUCCCGCUGUCUCGAGUGUGCCUCAUCAGCGGCGAGAAGCUCAUCGCCGACCCGGCCGCCGAGAUGCGACGCGUGCAGGACUUCCUCGGUCUCAAGCGGGUCAUCAGCGAGAAGCAUUUCUACUUCAACGAGACGAAGGGGUUCCCGUGCCUCAUGAAGGCGGAGCGCAGCGGCAGUCCGCACUGCUUGGGGAAGACGAAGGGACGCACGCACCCGCGCAUCGACCCGCAGGCGGUCGCGCGGCUCCGCGACUUCUACCGGCCGUUCAACAUGAAGUUCUACCAGAUGACCGGCAUCAACUUCGGCUGGCCGUGACCCCGCCGUGACCCCGCCGUGACCUCGCCGUGACCCCGCCGGUGCUGCGCCCUGUCGUGAUGAUGCGGUCGUCGGUGUUCGACGCACCGAUUAGAACCCUGGCGAUGGCGGAGGUUUGCGCUCGUGGCGCCCCCUCCCCAGUCGCCGCCGAGGGAACAAGCGAACGUCGUCGGGCGAACGAAUUAUCCGCAGGGGAGAUGCGCUACCUCCGAUGGGACGGAGCGCCCUCUGUUGACUGAGGCACGUCUCUAGUGGCGCCCUCUGUGAUGUAUGUGGUGCCCCCUGCCGAUGUAGACUGAGAAUGCGCAUAAUCCCAAGAGAUCCCCCGUCACUCCCUAAACUAGAAAUGAUCCCUCCCACUCCCUAGCUGGGAUAGUUCCUCCUUCCCUAGCUGAGAAAAAUCCCUCCUACUCCCUAGCUGGGAUAGUUCCUCCUUUCCUAGCUGAGAAAAAUCCCUCCUACUCCCUAGCUGGGAUAGUUCCUCCUUCCCUAGCUGAGAAAAAUCCCUCCUACUCCCUAGCUGGGAUAGUUCCUCCUUUCCUAGCUGAGAAAAAUCCCUCCUACUCCCUAGCUGGGAGAGUUCCUCCUUCUUCCCUAGUUGGGAGAGUUCUAUCUCACUCCCUAUCUGGGAAAGAUUCCUCUUAUCCCUAUCUGGGAUAGUUCCUCCUACUUCCCUAGCUGGGAGAGUUCUAUCUCACUCCCUAUCUGGGAUAGUUCUAUCUCACUCCCCAUCUGGGAAAGUUCCUCCUACUCCCUAGCGGGGAUAGUUCUAUCUCACUCCCUCCCUAUCUGGGAAAGAUCCCUCCUACUCCCUAUCUGGGAUAGUUUCUCCUUCUUCCCUAGCUGGGAUAGUUCUAUCUCACUCCCUAUCUGGGAAAGCUCCCUCUCCCUUACCUAUCCUGUCUAACCCGCACAAGGCGUCUGCCAGAAAAUUCAUACUUGCGUUGCGAAGGUAGCAGAUCGUAACCCGAUUGACUAUUGAUAUAUUUAUCGCUGAAUUUUCUCAG